AUGGCUCUGGUGCAUGCUGGGCCUACCCACUCGCGUAAGAUCCCAACUCGAGGUAUCACAGCCAUGUCUGACGACGGAUGUGAAGAAUUCUAUGAUGCUCCAGCCAUGCCGGAAAACGAUCAGCCAGAGAAUGUGGCCCCGGCCGCCCGGGAGCCACCAGAGCCUGAAGACUUUCGAGGAGGUCGCUCUCCGAGACCAAACGAUGCCUUCAUUGCCGUAAUGGGCGUCACGGGGUCGGGUAAGAGUUCAUUCAUCUCAUUAUGUUCAGGGAAGGCCGUCAGAAUCGGCCACACUCUUGAAGCAUGUACGGCCAUUGUCGAUGUCUACGCAUACGACAUGUCGCCCGAUCAAACCGUAUACCUCAUCGAUACCCCUGGCUUCGACGACACCAACAAGAGCGACACAGAAGUCCUCAGCGAGAUUGCUGUCUGGCUCGGAAGCUCAUACAAGAGCAAGAUCCUGCUCAGCGGCAUCAUCUAUCUUCAUCGCAUCACCGACGUACGUAUGCAAGGUUCCGCCAAGAAGAACCUCCUCAUGUUCAAGCAGUUGUGUGGUCAAGAUGCUCUGAAGCAGGUAAUUCUUGUGACGACCAUGUGGGAUAAGGUGUCGCAGGAGGAAGGAAAAAGGCGAGAGGAUGAACUGAUUCACACCUCUGAAUUCUGGGGCUGGAUGGUGAGCAAAGGAAGCUCCGUUCGUCGACACGGCCACAAUGAAAGCUCGGCCAAAGAGUUGGUACACCAGCUCAUCGGACACAGCAACUGCAUCACCACAGACCUGCAGAAGCAAUUGAUUGACGAAAAUCUCACACUUGAUCAAACCUCGGCAGGUCGAGAGCUCAAGAGCGAGUUGCUCAAGGAGCAGGAGAAGUGGGCAAAGCGGCUGCACGAGGUCGAAGAGCAGAUGAGGGAGGCCAUUAAGCAACGUGACCAAGAGGCAGAGGAGGCCCUCAAGGAGGUUCGAGAUGAGUACACUGUCAAGAUUCAGCGAGUCGAGCAAGAUACCGUGGCCCUUCGCUUUAACAUGGAAAGUCUCAUCUCGCAGCGAGAUAUCCGCCUCGGCAAAAUGCAGCAGAAGAUGUACGACGAGCAGAACGCCCACACCGAGCAGAUAAAAGAGAUGAGGGAACAAGUGGAUAGCCUACAGAAUCGUCUGAGCACCGAAUAUAUGCACUCCGAGAUGGAGCACCACCAGAAAAAGCUCAAGCCAUGGCCCUGCCGCAAGGGGAAGCUGGCAUUUUCUAUCUCAAUGGCAGGCGUUUACUAUACAUGUAUAAGCCCUGUGAUUACUCGUUGUAACGAGGGACCUGGUCAGACACCGGCAUCAGGAUCGAAACAGCUCCGCUCCGUUUUUCUUGGGAAGAAGUGCGGCGAGAGCCCAACCUGGCUGGCCCGUUACUCGGAUGGUGUCGAGAUGAGUGAAAAUCUGAAAGUGGAAUAUCCACGACUUCAAGAAGCCCUGGCGACCCAUGGAGUCGAUCAUCUAAAGACUUGCACCCUUGGGCCCAACCAGACCUAUUACGCUCGUUGGAAGUCUUCGUGGAGCUCCAACGUACCCGAUAACCUCAAAAACACUCUCAAGAUAUACGAUCCCAAGAAGCGAGAUGGCGCCCGCAUCGUUACCGUGGGACUUGGAUACGAUGGCGCAUAUGUCAUCGCCUAUAGGAACAGUCGGGGUGUCAAGCCCUCACAUGGCUUCGCUUAUGGUCUCAAGGGGCACUAUCAAGCUCUUAGGGAAAUACUCUCUAAGAAAAAGAACUUGAAGAUUGUGGCCAUCACGCUUAACCCUGAGAAUGCGACAGAUUUCAUCAUCAUUUGGGAGGAGAAGGCCUCCAAGGGCAAGUCCUACAGGAUGCAAUGCUACAGUCAGUAUGAAACUGUCAUCAAGGAGGUAGAAACCUGGUGGAACUGGCGAUAA